CUAUCUUGGACAAGAUGAACGCAAUCCAAGUUUGUGCUCUAUUCUUCCUGAGCCUGGUCCUGAGCACCGUGAAUGCCCAAAUUCCCACCCGUGAAGAAUCUAGCAGGGACAAGGCAUGUGGACCUGGUCGUUACUACAAUGAAGCUCGGCACACUUGCCUGCCCUGGUAGGGCAUUUCUGAAAGUUGGCUAGACUCAAAGAAAUCAAAAAUAAAUAUAUGAAAUAUUUAUAACCAAAAA